UCCUGUUUUUCUGGAUCAAGAGUGGUGUGCGGUUGACCUUGCUGAUCUUUGAGAACUUUGAAAAUCUACCUCUCUGUGGGUAUCGUACGGCUUAUUAUAGCUUCCAAACUGCCAUAUUAUCAGUAUGACGUCCAUGUUGAUCAUCGGUGUUCCUCACCAUCAACAAAUAGGAUUGCUAGUUGUGAUCUUGUGUAAGUUAUGCCAACCAGUGUCUACGAUUCGGUUUAACGCAAGACUGGUGGCGCCCAAAAGUGUAUCGAUGCAGAACUGUAUGUUCUGGCCUCACUUGUUCCUCGGUUCAUCCCUGUGGCUUAUAGCUAGCUUUUGCUAUUUUAGAUAUCAGUCGUGUGACUGACAAUUUGUUCUCUUGAUGUUGCCUAUACGCAUAUGGUUCAAGUAGCAUUGAGGUCGAAGGG